CCCCAUCAGGGCUCCUAUAAAAUCAGCCCCUUUCCCAUGAAACAUCAGCAAACAUUUUGACGGCUCUGGCUUUUCCCCCCUCUGGAUUUCUGGAGUCUCUGACCCCCAAUCCCCCCCACCGCUCCAACCCUCACCCCCGCCACCUCUCCUCCACUAUCUCCACCACCUUCACCACCAUCUUCUCUCUCUCUGUUACUCUCUCUCUGUAGCCAGCACAUCGUAUGCGUCUCAGUGACAGGCAGUGCUCUCGGACAUUCGGAGGGAGCUGAGGAGGGGGAGUCCUGCUCGAAGCCAUUUUCUCACAGGAGCCCUGGGGACAUUGGAUGGGAAGAGGAUGCACUGUGGGCUGCUCGAAGAGCCUGAUAUGGAAUCCACAGAAAGCUGGAUUGAAAGGUGCCUGAAUGAAAGCGAGAGCAAACCCUAUUCCAGCCACACGUCCCUAGGGAAUAUGUCCACAGACGAAAAUGAAGAGAAGGAAAACAACCGGGCAUCUAAACGCCAUUCAACACCUGCAACUUUACAAUGGUUGGAGGAGAACUACGAGAUUGCCGAGGGUGUGUGUGUCCCUCGCAGUGCACUUUACAUGCACUACCUAGACUUCUGUGAGAAGCAUGGCACUCAGCCUGUCAAUGCUGCUAGUUUUGGGAAGAUAAUAAGGCAGCAGUUCCCUCAGUUAACGACACGAAGGCUGGGAACCAGGGGCCAAUCAAAGUACCACUACUACGGCCUAGCGGUGAAGGAGAGCUCACAGUACUACGAUGUGAUGUACUCCAAGAAGGGUGGCGCCUGGGUAAAUGAGACGGGCAAGAAAGAGGUUACCAAGCAGACAGUGGCGUAUUCACCCCGCUCCAAACUGGGCACUCUGCUGCCAGAAUUUCCAAAUGUCAAAGACCUAAAUCUGCCUGCCAUUCUGCCAGAACAGAAGGUUUCAACAUUUAUCAUGAUGUACAGAACUCACUGCCAGAGAAUACUAGACACCGUUAUACGAGCCAAUUUCGAUGAGGUCCAGAGCUUCCUGUUGCAUUUUUGGCAAGGCAUGCCUCCACACAUGCUGCCUGUUUUGGGCUCAUCCACUGUAGUAAACAUCGUAGGGGUUUGUGACUCCAUCUUAUACAAAGCCAUUUCAGGGGUCCUCAUGCCCACAGUCCUACAGGCCCUGCCUGAUAGCCUGACUCAGGUCAUCAGGAAAUUUGCUAAGCAGCUUGAUGAGUGGUUAAGGGUGGCUCUGCACGAUCUGCCCGAGAACCUGCGUAACAUCAAGUUUGAAUUGUCAAGAAGAUUCUCCCAGAUCCUCAAGCGGCAAACGUCAUUAAAUCAUCUUUGUCAGGCGUCACGGACCGUCAUCCACAGUGCAGAUAUCACCUUUCAGAUGCUGGAGGACUGGAGAAAUGUCGAUCUGAACAGCAUCACUAAGCAGACACUUUACACGAUGGAGGACUCGCGGGAGGAGCAGAGACGACUCAUAAUCCAAUUGUAUCAGGAGUUUGACAGGCUGCUGGAGGACCAGUCCCCAAUUGAAGCGUAUAUUGAGUGGCUGGACUCUAUGGUGGACAGAUGCGUUGUUCGGGUGGCAGGGAAGAGACCUGGGUCCCUGAAGAAGGUUGCUCAGCAGUUUCUUCUCAUGUGGUCCUGUUUUGGGACAAGAGUGAUCCGGGACAUGACUCUGCACAGCGCCCCCAGCUUCGGCUCUUUCCAUCUGAUUCACCUGAUGUUUGAUGACUAUGUGCUAUACCUGCUGGAGUCACUACACUGCCAGGAAAGAGCCAAUGAGCUCAUGAGGGCCAUGAAGGGAGAAGGAACAACGGACAGUGAAGAUAUGGUGCUCACUGAGAGCACCUCAGUGUCCCCUGAACCCUACUCUCCUGCAAAGUCUGUGCCCUCGGUGGGAGCUGUAGCCACCAGCACCCCAACUUCAGCUCAAUCCCCAGAAUACAACAGUGUGUCUGUUACCUCAGGAGCUCUUCAGUCAUAUACAUGGUCCCUUACAUACACAGUGACCACGUCAGGAGGCAAUCCCCCCGAUGGAGGAUCCCAGCUGUCCUGCAUGCGUAGCAGUGCCCCGGUGCACCCUACCUCAUCAGCACACCGGAUGCAAGUCUACCCCUACAGAGACGAGCAUGGAUACACGGGCAGUUACAACUACAGCAGCUACACGAACCAGCAUCAUCAUGCCAUCCAGAGCCAGUAUCCAAGCCUGCCCCAUGACGCAGCCCUCCCCACACCGCUGCACUAUUCCUCUUAUCACCGAUCGUCUGCACAGUACUCAUUGAACAGCCCGAUGUCCCGCAUGGAGCCAUGUCUAAUGGGUGGUACUCCUCGGCUGCAUGCGACCCCGGUGACCCCCCGCUGGCCAGAUGUUCCUUCAGCCAACAGCUACUCCAGCACUCCUAUGCACUCAACACGCUAUGCCUCUACAGGGGAUAUGUACUCCUCUUUGACACCACGCAGAAACUCUGAAUAUGAGCAUGCACAACAUUUUCCUGGCUUUGCCUAUAUUAGUGGAGAAGCUACUACAGGGUGGGCCAAAUAGCCAAAUUUCUGUCCAUUUAGAAAUAUCUGCAGAGAUGUGGAGAGUGAAUCAGCACAAGUAUGGAGAAAGGAAGGGAUCCAGCAAGGCCAAGGAACAACCAGCAUCAUACAGCCGACAUAUGUGUCAGUGGUGGACUGGAAAGGAUACAAGAGGUGCACAGACUCACUUUCUCAACAAGCAGAAAUAUUGUGACGAGAUGACAGUGCAGAUCUAGCCUAAGCGUGCCUUUUAAUUAACUUUAAAUUCCUGAUUUCCAUUCCUUCUCCAAAAUCCUGGACUGUGGCCUAGAUUAAUUCUGAAAGUAUGCAUCUAACAUGCCUCUGUUCUGCUGCUUGACGUCAAAGCAGCUCUUUAACAACACUAAAGAUUUUAUUAUCUCAUUGCAUAUUUGGAUUAGCACUUGUGCUGACUGCUUUCCUGAGUUUCAUGGCUCAUGUUUUACAGUAAACUAAUAACUCCAUUAAAUGCCUCUUGGCCCAUUGCCAUGAUACUGACGUCAAAGGAAGGGAGUUUACUGCAGAACUGAAUAUCAUCUGUCAUCUAAUUGCUGAUUGUAUAUGUAAAUGUGGGGUUCUGACGAUUUCACAGUGAAGUGUUUUAGAUGCUGUGCGUCAGCAUUUUGUGCUGUUCUUUGUACUACAGAUUACUGUCACUGUGGGAGAGUGUAACUCUAAAUAUUUUCUUUAGUAACAUGGCAUCCUUUGGCUUUGUUUAUAUAUAUAUGUUUGUAUUGUAAAUUGCUUUUUUUUUUUUUUUUUUUAGAAAAGUGUUAACUUAGGUUUGUGUGUUUUUAAAUGCACUCAAAGGUACAGUGGACCUAUUACCCUAUGGGUAGAAAUAAAUAAGGAAAGAAUAUCAAAAUGUAACAUUUAUUAUCUUUAGCCACUUUCUCUUGUAAAUAAAAGCACUCAAUAAUGUCUGUGGUGACAGCUGUUACCGUGUAAAUGAUAUAUGUGGAAUUAUUUGUUGCCACAUAAACAAUGUUUAAAACCCACUAUCAAGCGUGAUUAUUUGCCUAUUUAAAUGAGAAGUAUUACCUGACUUGUAUUCC